AUGGAGAGUACUGGCCGAGCAGGCGUGAAAAUACUCCUGGAAAUCUUCACCGAAUUAUGGAAAGUGAGAAAUGCCAAUGAGUGGAGAGACAGCACGCUAAUCCGAUAUUCAAGAACAAGGGGGACAUCCAGGAAUGUGGUACUACCGGGGCAUCAAACUGAUGUCACACACUCUGAAAAUAUGGGAAGGAUCAUAGAUGGAAGACUGAGGGCGAUCGUGACGAUUUCGGAGCAACAGUUCGGUUUUCAUGCCAGCAGGUCCACGACAGACCAAUAUUUGCGCGAGACACUGAUGGAGAAAUACAGAGAGGUCAAAGGGAGCUGCCAGUGUCUUCAUUGA